AUGGUGGAGAUAAUCGGCAUUGCAAUACAAAUUGAGAAUUACAACCGUGCAUGUAGCUUGCAACGACAACGGCUCUUUAAAUUGGAGUUGGAAGAUAGUUCACACGACAAUACCAAAAGAAACAGUCUAAAAGAACAAGAAAAUCUACAAUCAACUCAACACCACGCAGUUAGAAAGAAUUUCGAAGAUGCCUUAACACUCCCAACAUCAGACCCUCCUAAUUUUAUAGAGAGUUACAACAUGGGCUUUGUGACCACACCUUCUCCAGACAAGUUCUCUAUAACUAUACCUUCAUCAUUCACAAGACCGAAAACUUCUUCUCAUGAAUAUUCAUUAUCCAAAUUCAGCUUCGAAAUACCCAAACUGCCUACCCAUCCACAUUACACAUUCACUUUGACAACGGAGGAGCCUCCUACCCGAGAGCCUACCACCUUCUGGUCAGUGUUCUUCAGCGCUGGUUUCCAAAACUCUAAAGACUUACAGCUGGGCGAUGUUGACGUUAAUACAACUCCUGACUAUGAUCAUCCGCCGGCGAUACUUGAACUAGACGAUGAAUAUAAAAAUGCUGAAGCGGCCUUACAAUCCGUGUUUGGACUCAACAACACAGACCAAGCUGAUACUAUUAAAUUAUUAGAUAAAGUUGAGAAAGUAAUUGGUAAUAUAAAAUCUGUUUUUGAGGGUAAAAGUAUCACACGACCCUCUAAUGAUGACGAAAAGCUUGAGAAAUUUACCGACUUUAUCCACAAUCUUAUAAAAAGAUUAAAGACAUAUGACGACAAAGAUGUGGAAUACUUUAUCACAAUAUUCAAUGAUGAAAUUCGAAAAUACAAUUACAAAGGCUGUAAAUUUCACGAACUGUUAGAAAAUUAUAAUCUGAGAAGGUUUCUGAGCAAUAUGCUAAGUAAACUGCAAAAUCAGUCAGGUGCUACAAUUAAAAAUAGUUUAGAAGUGAUAGCAAACAAAAUAGAAGACGACAAAUUUAACAAAAAUGAAAAAAAUCUCGUUGACUUCAUUAAUUCUGUGUACAGACAAGACUCUGUUAAAAAAUUUCAAAACUUUCUGACCCAAAUUGAUACUUAUAAAUUAAACAGUGACACGAAGGAUCGAAAUCUCGUGAAAAUAAUCAAAGAAGGCGUAAGAUCUAUCAUAUUUGAUUAUUAUUCUCAAUUAAAUAAUAACGCUAGAAAUGCAUUGAAACAUCAAGUUAACGAUUUCUGGAACAAUUUGUCUCAAAACGAGUCAUUUCAGCUGGAAAAUUCAUUUAAAUCUUCCAGGACACAAAACUUUAGAUAUAAAAUUAAAAAGAAAAAUAACUUAAAUCCCAAAGAAAUCUUUGAUUCAAAACCAGAUUUAAAAAAUAAUAUAAUAAAAAGUGAAGUCAAAAAGCAAAGUAUUUAUCUUUUGAACUCCAUCAAAGCACCAAAAUCAGAUAAAAGAUUUAGAAAUGACGAACAUGUAAACAUAAAUCAAACAACUCAAUCUGAUAACGAAUUUAUUGACAUAAAAAAGCAAAAGCAAAAUGACAAUAGUGGACUUCAAACUAUUUCACCAUUUAUUUUUACCACCAGACUCUUAAAGGCAAGACGACAGGUGUUAACAUUUAAGACUUUAUAUCCAGACCUUGUGCCUGAGUGGACUUCAGUGACACAAUUUCCUUCAAGAAGAUUUAUGUCAUAUGGAUCUCCAGUGCGUCAUCACAAUGCUGAAAAAAGGAAACUAUUCCGUAAGCGCAGUCGAGUGAAAGGUAGACGAUUGGUUCAGAAAUCAGGUGAUCCAUCAGAAGUUAGUGUACGUAACUCUCGUAUACCAAGAAUGAAAAAAAAAUCUCUAACGUUUGGACAUAAAGUACCCGUAAAGAAAAUUGGUUUACGUUCCAGAAAACCGGUGAGACAUUUAACGACAUAUAAAACUAAACGACAAAAGCGAAUUCGACCAUUGCGCACAAAUAUGGAGCUGAGAACAUCUAAACGUAGAAGGCUCGGCAUCCGAGGACAUUCAUUGUUUACCCAGGUCGAAAACAAUUAUAGGAGGUCCAAUAUAAUAGACUCUAUGGUUUCUCAGGAAGGUCUUUCCAUAGAUUUGCCAGAAGUACAUAAAGACAAUUUCAGAAGAAGUGAAACAAAUUUCACUCACCCUGACCCUGGCUUACAUCAUCAAAUGACACAGAGUAUACCAGCAAACGUCAACAAUGAAAUACAUAACACAACUGUAACAAUAAGUGAUAUAAAUAAUGCACUCUCUAAUGAGAAGGACGAUGAUGAGAAUGAUGUAAUGUUUAAUGAACGUUUAAAUAAAGUUCAAAAAACAUUCCAGGUUAACUCUAUAGUCGAAGAUAAAAAUUUGACAGAACUAGAGAUUAUCAAGGCUUUUGAAGUAAACACUCAGCCUAACAAUAACUGGGAUGCCCAUAAAAUAUUUAAUGGAGAAAAAUACCAAACUGUAAACAAUAAUGAACAAACAUAUCAGUUUAAUGUCCAAAAUAAACAAGAUGAGAGUUCAAUUUUCAACUUCAGAGCUAAACAUACCGGUAACGAAACCGAAAUUGAGUCAAAAAGAAAUGAUCAGAAUAAAAAUACAUUUAUUUCUGAAUUAAAAUAUUCUAAAGCUAUCGAACUUGAGAGAAAGGAUGACAUAAGACAAUCUGUAUUUGAAAAAAAAGACAAUUACGACGAAAACCAGCUCAACAAAGAUAUUAAAGGAAAUAAUGUUAAAACAGAUAAUGAUUUUAAAUCAUUUAUAGAAGAUUAUGGUAAUAGCUUAAAUGAAUUAACACAUUACAAAAUAAGAAACAACAGAGUGACGGUGAAUUCAGAACUUGCAAAUAAUAUUGAAAAAGAUGUAGACACAAGAACCACACCUAAGGCAACUUUAUCUUCAACAACAACCACAUCUGUAACCGAAAGUCCCACCACAUCUGCACCAAUGGUUGUUACCACAUUACUACCACCUAUCGGUCCUUCUACAAUCUCAUCAGUUAAUGAGAAACAAAACCUAGACAAAACAUCUAUUAAUUCUUUUUUUGAUGCAAAUUUCAUCAAACUUUUGAUGAAAACAAAGACACAACAAACGACUACUCCAAAUUCAGCUGCGGGGAGGUAUUUUAAUCAUGAUGGGGUUAUUAUGGAUAGUAUGGAGAAGUUAAAAGAAGAAGUAGCUGAAGCUACUAAUCUGAAUUAUGAGGAACAGUAG